AAGAAAGAAGUAGAUACACCAAGCUGAAGAUGAUUGGCUGCUCUCUUUUAACAGACAAGUCUGAGAAGGAAACCCCAUUCGAAUCCCCUUUCAUUCUGGAUUGGUGGAUCUGAAGCCCAGAAACAAAGUUUCAGUGUUCUGUGCCAAGGUCUUUGUGGCUAGGCUGCUCCAACCUGGUAGAGAGCAUGUGCGCACUGAGAUGCCUGCAGAGCAUGCCCAGUGUCAGAUGUCUCCAGAACACAUCAGUAAUGGAGGAUCAGAAUGAAGAUGAGUCUCCAAAGAAAAAUACCUUAUGGCAGAUAAGUAAUGGAACUUCAUCUGUGAUAGUUUCGAGAAAACGACCAUCAGAAGGAAACUACGAGAAGGAAAAGGACUUAUGUAUUAAAUAUUUUGACCAGUGGUCUGAAUCAGAUCAGGUUGAGUUUGUGGAACAUCUUAUUUCACGAAUGUGUCACUAUCAGCAUGGACAUAUUAACUCUUAUUUGAAGCCCAUGUUACAACGGGAUUUCAUCACUGCUUUACCAGAGCAAGGCCUAGAUCACAUAGCAGAAAAUAUCCUUUCCUACCUUGAUGCUAGAUCACUCUGUGCAGCAGAGCUGGUGUGUAAGGAAUGGCAGAGAGUGAUCUCAGAGGGAAUGCUGUGGAAGAAAUUAAUUGAAAGAAUGGUACGCACUGACCCGUUAUGGAAAGGGCUCUCAGAAAGAAGGGGUUGGGAUCAGUACCUGUUUAAAAACAGACCAACAGAUGGCCCCCCAAAUUCAUUUUACAGAUCAUUAUACCCAAAGAUAAUACAGGAUAUAGAGACUAUAGAAUCAAACUGGCGAUGUGGACGACACAACUUGCAAAGAAUUCAGUGCCGCUCUGAAAAUAGCAAAGGUGUCUACUGUUUACAGUAUGAUGAUGAAAAGAUUAUCAGUGGCCUAAGAGAUAACUCCAUUAAGAUCUGGGAUAAAACAAGCUUGGAAUGUUUGAAAAUCUUAACGGGACACACUGGCUCAGUUCUCUGCCUACAGUAUGAUGAAAGAGUCAUUGUAACUGGAUCUUCAGAUUCUACAGUGAGAGUGUGGGAUGUAAACACAGGUGAAGUUCUAAACACCCUGAUUCAUCAUAAUGAGGCAGUGCUUCAUCUGCGGUUCAGUAAUGGCUUAAUGGUGACGUGUUCGAAGGACCGGUCCAUUGCUGUAUGGGAUAUGGCAUCACCUACUGACAUCACUCUGCGUCGUGUGUUGGUUGGCCAUCGGGCUGCUGUUAAUGUUGUAGACUUCGAUGACAAGUAUAUUGUGUCAGCAUCAGGUGACAGGACCAUUAAAGUCUGGAGUACAAGCACGUGUGAGUUUGUACGUACUCUAAAUGGGCACAAGCGUGGCAUUGCUUGUCUUCAGUACAGGGAUCGGCUAGUUGUGAGUGGAUCAUCAGACAACACUAUUAGGCUAUGGGACAUUGAAUGUGGUGCCUGUUUAAGAGUACUAGAAGGCCAUGAAGAAUUGGUUAGAUGCAUCAGAUUUGAUAACAAGAGGAUUGUUAGUGGAGCCUAUGAUGGCAAAAUUAAAGUUUGGGAUUUGCAAGCUGCUCUUGACCCUCGUGCGCCAGCAAGCACAUUAUGCUUGCGUACAUUGGUGGAACAUUCAGGACGUGUGUUUAGACUCCAGUUUGAUGAGUUUCAAAUCAUUAGUAGUUCCCAUGAUGACACGAUUUUGAUAUGGGACUUCUUAAAUGUGCCACCCAGUGCCCAGAAUGAGACACGCUCUCCAUCCAGAACAUAUACUUACAUCUCCAGAUAACAGUCUGCACUUUACUACCCUCAUAAGGGUUUCACAGUCAUGAACUACUGGAUAUUUGGCUAACACAUGCCUGAAGAUGUUGAUUCACAGCUAAAGUCAGAAUUGGUAAUAGAUGCUGUGUAGAUGCAAAGCGGCACAAUUCUAUAUCUAAAUUUCUCAGUGUCUCCUGAUUCCCUUCAUUUCUGCAAUGGUCUCUGAGGAAUUUAUUAAAAGUUCACUGACUUCAAGUAGAUGAAUUUCAGAAGCCUACCUUCCCUGCAGUGAAAAAUCCAAAGCUUCUUCACAUGUAAAUUGUCCGUAAAAACUGAACUCUGAUGGCUUGUUUUCCAGAAAUAAAUCAGAUGUCAAGAAAGGACUUGGCCUAAUUUAUAUUGCUUUGCACUUUUGUCUGACUUUAAAGAAAAACAUUCUCCAAUGAAAUAUGGGUGCCAAACAUACCCAGAAUGUACAGAGCUUUGCUUUCAAAGUCACCAUUCUCCUUUAGACUUCAAGACAAAUUCAGAGCCUGUUUUGUUUGAUAGGAGUGUACGUUGGACUAUUAGAAAUAUUCUGAAUUGAUCGGUAAUAUUUUUGGAUUACAGUUUACUUGUUUCUGCACCAAUAACUUCUUUUAAUUUAAAGAUUACCUGUAACUCAGGCUAGGUUAUCUAAGCUAGUUGUAUAGCAGUGUCUCUUUCUUUUUAACUGUGCUCUGUACUACAGCCGUCCUAUGCUUCCUAAUGUUUGAUAUAGUAAAACCUUUCCAUGUGUGCUUGCCUCACUUCAAAUACUGUAUAAGCAUGUAGAUAAAAUGUACAUAACAAUUUAACCUCCAGGUGCUAGGAGUCAGGAUUUCCUGACACUACACACUAAUACCAAAUGUGUUAGCACUUGGCAGCAGGACAUUCUAACUACUGGCACUGAAGGGGUUAAUAUGAUUUACCUAGAACUAUUUCUCUGCUAAAGGAGGUUUUCAGUAUUCAUUAGGACUUUUUUUUAAUGGGAACUACAUAUUUUAAAAUGUAAUUUCUAAACUUUUUAAAAAUUAAAAAAAAUGUUUAAUUUAUGUUCUGUAUCUUAUGUUUUGUGCCGCAGUAUUUACAGAAUGUCUUUUUUUAAACCAGUAGGUUGCCACAGAUGCCUACUGAUGUCUUUCCAUAGCAUUAGGUUGGCUGCUUAAUGGAAAAAUGCCAUCAGCCCUUAAAUUUAUUUAUAUAAAAUUUGUAACACUUCCUUAAGGUGGGUUAGAGGUCCCUGCAGGUCAAUACUCUGAUUGUCAUAAUUAAAAGUUAUAUUUAAGUUUCUCAUCCAGAGCUAUUACACUAUGACCGUAUUGCGAUGCCAUGGUCAGUUUCUCUUUGUUAGCAUGUCUUUAUUGGGAAAUCUUAGUAGCUCUUUCUUAUGUUGUCAUAGUUCUCAAAUUCAUGUGGUCACAUGUACUUAAUCAUAUUUUUUUCUGUCAGAAUAAGACCCUGAUAUUCCAUCUCUAAUAUUGUUUUCAGAUUGCCUUGACUACAGCUCUCAAUGGUUUUCUUUAAUGCUUAAUUUGAACUCCAAGUGUAAAAUGUACCUUUUUUUUCUUGGGAAAGAAGUAUGUUGGCACAGAAAUGCACCCUGCCAUUCCUCUAUCAUUGUAUGUUGUGUAUUUUGUCCUCUGUCAGCAGCACUUUUUUAGUUGAGGAGGUUAAGGAAUGUCAGAUUGACCAAUUAAUAAUACUAAAAUGCUGGUGGAACAGCUAUGGUUAGAUGCAUCAUCUUUCUGCGUGUCAGGCAAAUUCAAAGUGAAAGUGUACAUCAGAUGUUGCUGAAAUGUUACGAAAGUACAACUUACGGCUUUCCUCUUUCACCCUCCAAACAGAGAGGUGUUGGGAUCAGUGUUUGUUAGUUAACUCCCUUUUACAUGUUACUACAAAGAUAUUUAUUUCUCCAAGAUUAUCCACGCUCAUGAAGUACAGAAGCGAACAUGAGCAUUAUAAGCGUCCAUAAGAUCACCUCCUGGUAAGCUUGACAGUAGUUUGUGAAAGUGGCUUACUUUACCUUUUUCAUCUAAAGCUUUAAUAUUAAAAGAACAAAAAAACUGUUUAAAAAAAAUCUGUUGCAACCCUGAAGAAAAAGGUAUUUGUUUAUGAAGAAUGGAGUCCUUUUUUAUGCAUGUGUAAGAUUAAUUUCAUGUUUUCCUUGGGAGAUAAUGGUAUUUGAAUAUACAGUCUAAACUACUUUGAUUGUGCUUCGUGUAACAUAACAGUGGACUUUGUGAUCAUCAUCCAAGGAACUUGACUCCUGGGACUAAUGGUAGUGCUCCUGGCUGCACUCUGGACUUUGUUUUGCUAACCAUAAUUGGGCAACUGAACGUUACUGCUAUAUUAAUGUUUCAAAGCACUGGGAUAGUCUAAUUCUAACUUGUAAUUAUGUUUGCCAAUUAUCUGUUUGGAAAGUUUGUGUAUGAACAGCUUAUUGAAACUGUUAAAUUGUACAGAUAUUGUUCAUGAUCUAAAGCUUUGUACUGUGGAAUGUGCUUAAUAAAAAAAAAAAAAGUUUGAA